AUGCUCUUACUUUUCCUUCCUCAAUUUAUUAAUAGCCUUUUUGACCUUUCAAAUAUAUUGGAAGGAGUUGGUGUCCCGAGUUUCCUGGACAAUAAUAAUAGCAGCCAAAACCUAACUGAUAUAGAAUCAAGAAUCAAUGCUGGAUUUACAAUUGAUUCAAAAAAUGAAACCGUUAACACGCUCAGAAUUAAUAGAGAGUUUUAUUUGUGCUCGGUUGAAAUCAAAAACUCUACUUUUAAAAAUAAUUACGCUUUUGGAGCAGUUACAGGCGGUCCAUGUGGUGGAGCAGUAUACGGAUAUCGCUCUAGUUUUCACAUAAUAGGCUCCAAUUUCAGCAAUAAUCAAGCAAUUGAUGGAGGUGCUAUAUCGUUUACCGAAUGCAACGCCCUAUUACAAUUACUACAAGAAAAUAACAAUCAAGCUAGGAACAAAUUUUCCUCAAAUAUAGCAUUUUGCUCUGGAGGGGCAAUCUUUUUUGAAGGUCAGGCAAAAAACCAUUUUGAUAACAAUUUACAAAUUUGGGAUUCAAAUUUUUCAAAUAACACAGCUUACCAAACUGGAGGAGCCAUUCACGCUACUAUCGAAUCUCAAGUUUCAAUCAUUAAUUCCAAAUUUGACCAAAACAGAGCUGGUGAUAACGGUGGAGCUAUUUAUACCAUCAAUAGCGAUUUAUACUUAUUCGAUAGUUGCAUUGUUGCAAACCGAGCAGGAAAAAACGAAUAUAACUCAACAGAUCAGUAUUCAAGCCAUAGUGGGGAACAAAAUAAAACAGACAAAUUAUAUCAUAUGGAAGAGCAACUGACUCGUAAGUUCUUGUGCCGAGGAUGCGGAGGAGUUGCUUUUAUUGUCAUAGAUCUCCACUACAAUUUACUGCAAUUAAGUCAAGAUAAAAACUACUCAAAAUCAUUUUAUUCCCAACAAUGCACUUAUUAUCAAAAUCAUAUGUAUAGAGGCAUACUUCAGCAAUCUUAUAAUUAUAAUUUGAGUAAAUUAACUAAUAUUACCGGAUAUGACAUAAUGGUGCAAAAUGAAUAUAACAAGACAAUCAAGUUUCAAACCUAUAGCGAUUAUUUUAAAGGUAAUUUUCAAUCAUCAACCAUUCGAAUAGGCGAUGUUGAGUUAUAUUAUUAUUCACAUCAGCAUUCACCGAUUGCAAAUUGUUCAACUAAUGAAGCACUCUCCACACAAACAACCAAUAUCUCUCAAGCUAAUUCAACAAAUAAAUCAAGAGAUGUCACAGGUAAAGUUGCAACACCAACAGAGUAUACAUAUGUUGCAACACCAACAGAGUAUACAUAUGUUGCAACGCCAAUUACUCGUCUUCCAAAAGCCACUACACAAAGUCCCAAAACAUAUCCAACGACUACACAUUAUACAACAAUAUCCCGUCCACCAUCAGCUUUUCCGCGAACACCAGUAUCAACACCAUUUUCUACAAUGUUUACUACCCCUCAUUCUACACGGCAUUCAACACCUUUUUCAACAGCUCACAAAACUCCAUUCAUAACAGUAUUCUCAACUCCGCAUUCAACUCCUCAUUCAACAGCUCAUUCAACAGCUUCAUUCACACCUCUUUCUACACCUUACAUUCCACCAAUUGACAUAUCAAAGCCAACAGAUGUGACAGGAGAAUCCAGUGGUUACACAAAAUCAUUAACUGAAGUUCAAUAUCAAUACCAUACAGAUUAUCUUACAAACAUUUCUACUGAUGUAGGUAACAAAAUUAACAAUACAGAAACAAAUAUUACAACAAUAGCAUAUGCUAAUACAAGUGUACUAACAUGGGUUAUUACAUCAGGUGUAGAAACAACAAGUACAGUAACUUGGACCUAUAUUGAAUCUAAUACCACUACACUUACUGUUUCAACUACUUUAGUUGAGAAAAACACUUCAAUAAAGGCAAGUGAAGGCAAUGAAGAAGAUAACACAUCAACGCUUUCUUUAGUUGAAACAAAGACAAUAGUUACUACAUACACAAUGACACUUGUUAUGACUGAAACAAACAUCAUCAUUCCUUUGGAUGACUCAACUGUCGGAAGUAACGUUAAAUCCGGCACAAUCAUUCUGAUCGCUGUACUUUGUUUGGUUGCGGUGUUCUGCUUAGCUAUAAUCGGUCUCUUCUUGUACAGAAAGUCCCACAACAAGUCAUCGGAAUCAGAAUCUUCGAUCAAUGACGACAGUGAUUUAUUCAACGAUGAAACAAGACAGCAACAGACGAUCGUCACGUUUAAUGCAGAUGAUGAUAACACAAUGUUGUCAACCUUCAAUAUGGGUACUGAUAACAUCGAAGAUAAUGAAGAAUCUCUCAAUGACGAUGAUGAAAUGUUUCUUAACGCUGAAUUUUAA